AUGAAUCAAACAAUUCUUGAAUUGUGUUCGUUAACAUUUCGUUAUGAGAAAAGAUUUAAAUAUUUCUUCAAGAAUAAGAAGAAUAAAACAGUUGAUGAAACGACAACAACAGCUAUUUUGGAUGAUAUUUCAUUGAAUGUUUAUCAAUCUGAAAUCUAUGGCCUAUUGGGUGCAUCUGGUUGUGGUAAAACAACAUUAUUGCGUUUGAUACUUGGACAAAUAUCACCAUCAAAUGGUUUGAUUAAAGUUUUUGGUCAGGAAAUUAACCCCGAUGAACAAUCACCAUCAUAUUUGAAAAAUAUUGGCUAUAUGCCACAGGAUAUUGUUCUGUAUCAUGAAUUUACAACAUAUGAAAUGUUGGAAUAUUUUGGACGAUUAUAUCGUAUUUCAAGUGACAAAUGUCGAAAACGUAUUGAUGAACUAUUGAAACUUUUACAAUUAGAUGGUGGUGAUUUUGAUUGUUCCCACCGGAAUCAAUUGAUUCGAAAUUUAAGUGGUGGUCAACGACGUCGUGUUUCAUUAGCCAUAGCUUUGCUGCAUGAUCCUUGGUUGUUAAUUUUGGAUGAACCUACCGUUGGUGUUGAUCCAUUAUUACGUGAAUCAAUAUGGAAACAUUUAAUCUAUUUAACGACGGUAAAAAAACGAACAGUUUUACUAACAACACAUUAUAUUGAAGAAACUCGACAUGCAAAUCAAAUUGGAUUUUUACGUCGUGGUCGUUUAUUGGUUCAAGAUCAUCCACAUCGUUUAUUACGACGUUUUCGUGUGGAUACAAUGGAAGCAGCAUUUCUAAAAUUAUGUCAUUAUCAUGAUGAUCAAUAUGAUGAAUUGAUUCAAUCACGAUCACCAUCAACAAUCAGUUCGAUUGUCAUCGAUGAUAACAAUAACGAUGAUAAUAGAAAAAAUCAUCAAAUCGAUACGAAAAUUCAAUCAAAUUCAAAAAAAAUGGUAAAAAAAUCAGCUUUUUUCCAAAUAGAAUUCAGCAAAAAGGAAAAACCAUUUUUUCCAUCUCUGAAAUGA